UAUUUAUUUAUUUCAAGUUUACGAUCUCCUCACGCAGUCACGCACCUUCUCUCCUCUCUCUCAUCAGUCAUCAUCAUCUCUUCGACCCACCCAAUCCCCACAUCUCGCACUCUCUUUUCACUUCCCUCUCCCACACCCCUUCAAUCCAUCAACCCAUCGCCCAGCCAUGGCGUCGGCGGAGUCGGAGGGAGGCAACAACCCCAGCAAGCUGCGGAUCUACGCGGGCGCCGACGGCUUCGGGUGCGCCCUCAAGGACGCCGCCGUCGCCCACCUCCGCUCCCUCCGGGGCGUCGAGGUGGUCGACCUCGGCUCCGACAAGUACUACUCCAUCGCCGCCUCCGUCGCCCGCCUCGUCAGCUCCGCCCCGCCCUCCUCCGUCGAGACCCGCGGCCUCCUCGCCUGCGGCACCGGCGCCGGCGUCUCCAUGUUCGCCAACAAGUUCCCCCGCGUCUACGCCGCCACCUGCUCCUCCCCCGGCGACGCCGCCAACGCCCGCUCCAUCAACGCCUGCAACGUCCUCUCCCUCUCCGGCCUCUCCACCUCCCCCUCCGCCGCCGCCCCCAUCCUCGACGCCUGGCUCCAAACCCCCUUCCGCGCCCCCUGCCCCGCCUCCGGCGACGCCCCCUGGCCCGACGACAUCCAGGCCUUCCUCUCCGCCGCCCCCGCCGAGAUGGCCGCCAUCCCCGACUCCGACUCCUCCGGCAGCAGCACCGGCACCACCUGCGCGAUCUGCUGCCUCAGGAAGAGCAUGACCUUCGAGCCCGUCGACAUCAUGCCCGGCGGCGAGAUGCGGAUCGUGCGGGACAGCCCGACGUCCGCCUACGUCCGCUUCAAGGCCGGCAGCGUCGAGCCCGCGCACCACCACACCUUCGGCCACGACCUCGUCGUCAUCACCGGGAAGAAGACGGUGUGGAACCUCACCAAGAAGGAGAGCUACGACCUCGCCGACGGCGACUUCUUGUUCACCCCCGCCGGGGACGUGCACCGCGUCAAGUACUUCGAGGACACCGAGUUCUUCAUCCGGUGGGACGGCAAGUGGGACAUUUUCCUCGACGAGGAUCUCGCCGCCGCCAACGACGCCAUCGACAAGGAGAUCGCGAGUUCCGUCAGUUGAGGAGCAACCAUUGCAACCUCUAUUCUCUAGUUUUCCUCCCUGCUGCCAAUGCUGCUAGUGAUGUUUUGUAUUAUGGAUUCUCUCCGUGGUUGUGUGUAGUAGUAGCAUGUUUUGUUCCUCGUCGGUGGUGGAUGAUGAUCUUAGAAAUAACAGACAAUGUGCUUGCUGGAAUAAAUAAUGCUUAUGAGUUGUGGUUUUUCUUC